AUGGCGGCCGCAACGCCUGGUGCAUUAGUAGAUGAAUAUGUUAUUGAAAUAUUCAAAAAAGCUCAGCUCACGGAUUUUCUCAACAAAUUUGUGUUCAUUUUGAACGUGAGACGCUUCGAACACUUGUCACGAAUUCGCGAUAAAGAUAUGAUGGAGAUCGGGAUGAAUCCACAGCAGAUAAGCGUUUUGCGUGAGCACAAAAUUAAAUUAGAACGAGAGCUAUAUAAUCGAAGUGAACCGAAACCAGUAUAUAUUAAAAACACGGAAUCUACUGCAUCGACAUCAGAAAUUGAUGGACGAACACUUAUUCCUGCAGAACAAAUCAAUUUGUAUGAAAAAAUUGGUGAAGGUACUUUUGCCGUUGUGAAACGCGGUAUAUGGACACAAAACGACGGGCGAACAGUUGACGUCGCCGUUAAAAUUUUACGCGACGUUUCACCAAUGAUGCUUGAAGAUUUACGGGUUGAAGCUAGCCAUGCUUUGAAACUCCAGCAUCCUUCCCUUAUUAGGUUGUACGGAAUUGUUCGCAAUCCAGCAAUGAUGGUAUUUGAACUUUGUAAAGGAGGAUCAUUGUUGGAUCGACUUCGAGAUGAUAAAAAAAAAGUUCUGCUUGUGUCAACCCUGUUGGACUAUGCAGUUCAAAUAGCAAAAGCUUUGCAAUUUCUCGAAUCAAAACAUUGUGUGCAUCGCGAUGUUGCAGCUAGGAAUGUUCUGAUAUCGCAUGACGAAAAGACGGUCAAGCUUGGGGAUUUCGGAUUAAUGCGUGCUCUCAAAGAUAAUGAGCAAAUGUACACAAUGGCUCCACAAAAGAAAGUACCAUUCGCGUGGUGCCCUCCUGAGUCACUGAAGCAUCGCAAAUUUUCUCAUGCUUCCGAUGUGUGGUCAUAUGGUGUUGCAUUGUGGGAAAUAUUCACGUACGGUGAAGAGCCGUGGGCUGGAUGUAGAGCGGUUGAUGUGUUAAAAAACAUUCAAGAAGGAGAACGCCUUGAGAAACCAAAGUAUUGUUCGGAGAAAAUCUACAAAAUUAUGCUCAAUUGUUGGAAAGAUGCUCCAAACGAUCGUUGCAAGUUUAGCACAAUACGCGAAGAUCUGAAAGAGGCGCAUUUUUUGAAUGCAGUUGUCCGUGAGCCGCACCGUUCGACUCAAACCGGAUACCUCAAUCUCAACAGAAACGACGAAGUGAUUGUCAUUGAAAACAGAGAUUUUGACUGGUUUGGUCAGAACAAGUCGAAUCAGUUAUUUGGUUUAUUCCCACGAAAUUGCGUAUUUGUUCAAUCAAACAACGCGGCUCUACCAACUGUAGUCACACCACAAAAACCAAUGCCGAUUCCAUCCAUCACAACAACCGCUCCAAAAAUUUUGCAUAGCGGCACAAAUGUCGGAAAUUCGCGAAUUUCAAUGCCGAUUCAAGGAUCAUUCAUUCACACCGGCCACGGCGAUCCUCUUGGUGGUCCAUCUUGGGGUUCUCCUUCCGAAAUUGAUGAUGUGUAUUUAAAAAACCCUGUGAAAGGCGCUCCUCUUUCAAGCAAACCAAGUGGCGCAGAAUUGAUAAAUAGUAAAAGUCAGAUAGUAAACGGAAGAUCAACAUCACUAGAGCGGUCGAAUACAUCGGCACAAAGGGUUGAUGGAGUCGAACGUUUGAAUGUUUUAAUACCGCAGCCGCUUCCACGCCCUGUUCCUAAACAACCAAUUGAGCCAAAAUCAAUUAUUGCCCCAACCAACAACGGAAUAAUGAAUGUUCCACUUCCCGAUCACUUUAGCAGCAGGUCCCAACCAAAAAGCUCUUCUAUUUCAAACGGCUUUGAAAACGUUGUGGCAACUCAGCCUGCACAACCCUCAAAGAAAGUUGAACCACCUCUUUCAUUGUCCGUUUUGCAACCUAUUCGAUUGCCUACUGCAGAUAUUGUUGUUAAAAACACUACUGCUACUCCUCCUCACUCUUCUUCUCCUCCAAACAGUGUCCAAAAGAAUAUCAAGCAAAUAGAUAUGCCGGUUCAAACUCAAGUACCGUUGUUCAACAUAACCAAUUCUCAUGUAUAUCCAUCUUUACAAACCUUUUCUUAUCAAAAUUAUAAUAACGCAUACCCAAUCUCCUAUUCUGCCUAUAACCCAUAUGCUAUGCAACCCAUGUCGGGAACAUACGGUUUUCGACCUGAAAUUAUGCUACCACCACUGCAAGCAUCACAGAAUCCACCUCAAAUUCCAACUGCAAAACUCGACGAGUCUGACAUCCAAGAACUUCUUGGUGUUCCUUCGCGAUCAUCUCCGCCAACAACAUCGUCGAGCGGCGUCACCAUGUCAGAAAAAAUGGAAAUAUUGUAUUCGGAAGCCCAAUUCACUAAGAGGGAAAAUUGUGACGAAAUGGUAAGCAUCUGUAGAGGAGAUACUGAUUUGGCGCUGAAACGUUUGAAAGAAAACCACUUGGUCAAACUGCACUACGCAGGAAAUACGGAUAUCGCACGAUCUGCACUCGAGAAAUGUCAUUACGAUUUAGAUAGAGCUGCAAAUAUUUUGCUAGGAUAA